AUGUCGCAACUCUGUUCGCAAAAAGCCCAACUGACGAAGGCCGCUAACUCACUACGCAAAAAGAUCGCGGAAGUCGAUCAGGCCAACCUCGAUCUUGUGGACUUUGCUUCGGAGGCGAGUAAAGAUCCACAUUUGGUUUUCAAUCGUUUGAAUUCUUUUUCUCUUUCAUUUUCUUCUAUUAGUCGUGCUGCCUCUGCCCUACGUGGCCAGUUGGAGAAAGCCGAAGAGUUUGCUCGGCAGAAUCCUGACGAGCGUGGAGAGUUCCCUUUCCUCUCCGACAUUCAUGCUCAUUGGGAAACCGAUUCUGCGCCAUCCCCUCAACACGCGCAUCAGGCGGAAGUGGCGGUGCACAGCCAUUCUCCGUCUCGUCCAUCUGACCCAACAGCGCCUGUUGACCAGCGUCCCCCCGCGAGCCAUACUGGCGCGCAUCCCUCGGGCGGAUUUGGCUUCCCUUCGGGUAAUCCUCCCUCGAAUCCCAUCCACUUUUCGCAAUCCCCAUUCGGGCUUCCAAAUUCUUUGCCAAAUCCUUUUUCGCGCGACCUUCAAGCCUCAUCUUCAUCAUCCCUUAACCCCUUUUUGCCCUUGGAGCAACCUGUGAAGUUACCUUCCUACGAGAUCCCAACCUUCAGCGGCGAUAUCGAGGCAUUCUCCGAGUUUUGGGAUAUCUUUUCUACAGCCGUGCAUAAUAACAACACCGUGCCGGCAGCAGUCAAGUUCAUGUACUUGAAGUCGGUCCUUGAAGGAGAUGCUGCUCGGAUUAUCGCAGGCUUCAAACCAACGGCGAAGGACUAUGACACUGCAGUACGCACUAUUCUGAGUACGUACGAUCGUCCUGAGAUUCUGAGAAGUCGAUUGUGGGACAAGUUGUCGCAGCAGUCACCGGCAUCAGAUUCUGCAAUUUCGCAACGCGCUACACUUUGCGCGCUUCAGGCAACUUGGUACCAGAUGAAGGAAUUGAACGAGGACUCCAGUUCGAUCGCAACGUUAAGGACAAUUCGUUCUAAAUUUCCCUGGCGUACGCGCGAGAAAGUUGGCGAACUGAAGGGCAAAAGUGACUCUAUGUGGACAGUGGACGAGCUGUUGUCAGCUCUCAGCACGGUCAUUGAUAGACUGCAAGUGGUAGAGGACUCCGAUCCAGCAGGUCAUCGUGCUUACAACUCGGAUUCCACAGUUCGUCAGCAUUCUCCUUCCCCGUAUAGGUAUCCCGGCACGAGUCAGCCGUACAUGAGGUAUCCAUCGUAUCAGCAACAACCAGCUUACCCACGUUACGCGCGUAGCUCGCGCUCACCAUCACCCAGAUACCGUGACGCCACCUACAGACCUCCGACUCCUUAUUACCCGCGGCGCACAUCACGUAGCCCUGUUAGACCUCAGUAUACCACACCUUGGGAGCCUCGUUGUGCCUUCUGUUUCCGUCAUGGACAUCCUUCGGAGUGUUGUAUGACAGUACGCGACGUGCAACAGAGGAGAGAGCUCGUCAACCAGUAUAGACUGUGUUGGCUGUGUCUCGAAGAAGGUCACACGUUCAACAUCUGCAGAGCCCCAGCGUGCAGAUACUGUGGCAGAUUACAUCAUCCAGCUUUGUGUGUUACAUUACCAUCAGCGCCCUAUUCGUCCUACCCACCUGCGCAAUUCCGUCAGCGCACUCCUUCACCUAGACGCGUACAGUUUGAGACGACAGCGCACUCUUCACCACCUCGCACCCAGUACGCGAGUCCGCGCACUUCUCCUUCGCGUCGACCUACACUCAAAGCGCCGUCUCCAUCUAGGCGUCAGUCACGUUCCAACUCUAGACGCGCUAGUCUUCCUCGAAGAUCUUCAAGCGCGUUUCCCGCUGUCCAAACUUCCACCUGCACUCCAGUCGCGCAUGAUUCCAUCCAGUCAGAUGAGCCCACAGAGUUGCUCGACCAACAUAAAGCUAGCGUUCCUCGUCUAAUGGUGGUUCAUGCUAUAACCCGGAACCUCAAAACUAGUACGGAUGAACUGCUUACUGUUUUUCUCGAUAGCGGUUCGCAGUAUAGUUUUAUCUGUACCUCGCUGGCCUACCAUCUCGGCCUGACUUUUAAGAAUACAAGGACUGUUACGACUCUGACCUUCGGAGGACAUCAGUUCACUGAAGAUUCGUCAGAAGUCACACUCACGUUAUGGGACCAGCUCGAUCGUCCAAUUCAACUCCAACUUUGGACGCGCCAUACCAUCACAACGGUCCCGAAGACGAACAACUUGGAUGAGACGAACAACACCUAUAUGGAUGAUAGAGUCGAAGUCGACGUACUCAUUGGAAUAGAUAACUACUGGCGCGUUGUGGACUUGCAUAGGAAUGAGAAGCUUCCAUCAGGUCUCAUUCUGUCCCACACUCGCUUCGGACCAGUUCUAUCAGGUCUUAGUUAUCCGGUAGUAUCGGAGAUUACUAGCUCGGCAACGACUCUACUCAACGAUGACGCGCCAGGAACGGAACAGCUUUUGCGAAAUCUCCUCGGCCUAGACACACUUGGAUUAGACGAUUCAGAUGAAAUCAGCGGCUUUCAGUUGAGACUACCUCGUUUCGUAGGAUACCCAUCUGCCAACGCGUACGACCUUGUCAUCUGUUCAGACGCGUCGAAACGAGUGUAUGCUGUAGCAGUCUAUGUCGUGACGCGCACGUCCACCUAUAGUCCCAGUUCCACUCUACUCUUUGCUAAGGCAAAAUUAGCACCAUCGGGCGCGAUCACCAUCCCGCGCAUGGAACUCUUGGCGUGCCACAUGGCCGCAAAAACAGUUCUCGACGGACUUAAGUCUGACAACAUCGACUGCGGAUUUUAUUACCUGGCUACCGACGUUAACCCGGCUGACUGCGCCACCCGUGGACUCACAGCUGUAGAGCUCGAGAGCCACAUCUGGUGGAGCGGUCCAUCGUUUAUCACGAUUCCGUUUGCUGACUGGCCGUGCAAGUCCUUCAACGCUUCUUCCGAUCCACCUGCAGGAGGAGAUUCUGAAGGACUACGGACGACCACAGCAGUAGUUACUUCAGCCAAUACCAUCAUGACACCUUACCAGUCCUUUGUACCGUUUAGGCGUACUAACUCCUACAUCCGACUUGUUCGUAUUACAGCCUACGUCCUGAAGUAUGUAGCCAAGCUACGCCGUUUAGUAAGGACGCGCCACAGCGCUGAUGAUUCCGACGAGCAUCCCCUAUUCGGCACAAUAGACGCAAGUCCCACUGUAACACCGGGUGACUUUUCAGCUUCUGAGUUGAUCGUUAUACGUGAGCACUAUCGCGAGGUUCCUCAGCAGUUACACGGCUUUCAUCUGAAAAAACUCCGCACAAGGCAAGAAGGAGACGGUACGAUACGCGUGGACUUACGUAUGGCGAACGCAGAGACGAGCGGGACGGCGAAGAGCCCGAUCCUCAUACUCUCAGGUCAUCCCCUUUGCGCCAUGCUAAUAGCUCACUACCAUCAGAAGCUGUUCCACGCCGGUACUUCCCAUUUGAUCGCAGCCUUACGCGAGAGGUUCUACAUUCCCAGGCUCAAACGUAUGGUAAAAUCGGCUAUUGCUAAAGGAGCUCCCGACAUCGUCAUAAGCGACAACGCGCCCAUGUUCAAGCUAGGAAGGGAGAUCAUUACCAACAGCCUGAAGGAAGUAGCAGAAGAUUCCCUAGUGGACGGAUUCGUCGAAAGCCAGAACAUCAAUUGGACUUUUAUCACACCAUACUCGCCGUGGAAAGGCGGAUUUUACGAGCGUUUGGUAGGAUCAGUGAAGAGCUGUUUGAAGAAGACGGUUCGGCGAGAAAUCCUCGACUUGUGGCUUUUUGAGACGCUCAUCCUUGAAAUAGAGGCCGUCCUUAACACGAGACCCUUAUUUCCGGCGAAUUCGGCUAACUCGAACACGGACUUGGUGAUAAGACCCAUAGAUCUGAUAAAUCCACAGUUUCGAUUAGGUCGCCUGACGUACAGCAUGCCUCAGAAGAUCGAGACGUCGUCGCGCGACCACUACGAAUCCCUGAAGACGCAGUACCGGCUCCUGCAGACCGAUCUUGAUUACUUCUGGGAUAUAUGGCACAAGGAAUACCUCGCCGCGCUCGCAGAACGACAAGCGACGCGCACCCAGAAGAGCUCCGGUACCAAAAGGUCGCCGCGCGUAGGAGAUGUAGUACUGAUAAAAGAACAGGAUUUAUCAAAAUCUAGAUGGCCGCUUGGCCUCAUUCUGCAGUUACACACCUCACCCGACGGCAAUGUAAGAUCAGCCAGAAUUAAGAUUGGGAAGCGGAAAGAUAGUGGACCGUGCACUCAAUCAUCUACUGCCGUUAGAGAUCAGUGCAGCAGACACAAAGGAUCUUCAGGCGAACGCUCAGGAGCGUAG